UAGCACGAGUUUCGUUUUUCACGUGGAGGAAAUGGCUUCGGCAAGCGGCAGAGGAGCGGCUUCCAGGGCGCCAUGCAGAGCAUUUUUCAGAGGCAGUUGUAGGUGGGGUACAAAUUGCCGCUUCUCCCAUGAAAAGUCUAUUCCAGUUUGCCGACACUUUCAGAAUGGAUUCUGUGCCUAUGGAGACAAAUGCAGUUUCCUACACCUUCUGCCAUGUCCGCGUUCUGAUUCUCCUUCACGCCAUCUUGCCAGCCGUAGAGUGUCUGAGCCAUGCCUUAUGCCUUGUGUGCCUAACCCUCAAGUCAGUCGUAGAGUCUCAGAGCCAUCUGUUACUCCUUUGCAGUCAGCUGCCUUUGAAAAUCGCAGAGUGCCAGAAAACUGGGCACUUGCAGCAGAAUUUGUACCACGGAAUACAGAUCUUGUGAGAUCCAUAUCUAGUCCAAUCCUAGUAGAUAAAACAAAAACAAAGGAAAUCAAAUGGCAGGAUGAAACACAACAUCGAACAUCUUUGAAAAUUCACCAUUCUAAAAUGGAAGAUAAAAGCUUUCAGUAUGAACGCAGCAGAGAUGUCGUUUGUGGGAUCUGCAUGGAUAAAGUAUAUGAUAAACAAAUGGCAGAAGAGAGAAUUUUUGGAAUUUUGCCGAACUGCAGUCAUGCAUAUUGUGUGGGGUGUAUUAAACAAUGGCGAAAGACUCGGGACUUUCAGAAUGAAGUUAUAAAAGGUUGCCCCCAGUGCCGUGUGAAAUCAAGUUACUUUAUCCCAUAUAAAUACUGGAUUGGAGACUCUGAUGAGAAAAUACAGUUGAUUGAGGAUUUUAAAGCUAAGACUAGUAAGAUCCGUUGCCGGUUCUUCCUUAGAAGUAAUGGGUACUGCCCUUUUAAGUCUGACUGUAUCUAUCUACAUGAUUUACCACAUGGUCACCAAAGGCACAGGAAGAAAGAUCAAAGAAGGGCUAGUGCCUCUGCCCUGUCCUAUUCUCAGUUGGUAGGAAUUUAUGAAGAAGACUUCAGAGAAGAAGAAGAAAUUGACCUUCUACACUGUGCUCUAACCCUUGCUCUCAUUGAAGAUCGCUUUGAGCUUGGCUUGGGUUUUCCUGAGGAAGUGGAAAUCGUGUUGGGAGAAUGUAGUGAUUCUGAGUGAGGUUCUACUUUCAGCCUGCAUUUUUGAUGUGUUUUUUCUUUUUUUCUUUUUCCACUUCUGGCAAAUUUGGGGAUUUACUAAUACAUGGGCACUUACUAAUGUAUUGUUGUUGUCCAAAUUGCCUUAUUUGCUGUCUUGUUUCCAUGGUUAUGACCGCCCUACAAUCCAGCGGUGGUUGUGCUUGCAAACUAUAGGAAAAAGUGCUGGCCUCUCUGGUGGCCAAGACUGUGGGAGUGCACAUAGCCUAGUGCUUUUUUUCUGUAGUGUGAAAU